CGCAUUGCCGGCAAUACACGAAUAGGCCACGAAUGCUAAACGUGUGACAAACGCCUUCGGGUUCUCCUCCACUGCACCAAUAUCAUCAUUGGUCUUGUAGCAGGAAGUACAAUUGAAGGAGCUGCCACAAAUGUUGCCCACAUUAACGCCAAUGCAUUUGCUGGAAUUACGUCUCAUCUUACUUUGCCUGCCAUCCAUUAUACUGGCCACAACACUGGAGCCAGAUCAAAAGUCAAUACUUACCGAUAGCGAUUGGAAGAAAUUAUGGAUGCGAGGAGGUAUAAAUCCCGAUUCAAGAUUCGAUAGCAACAAUUUAGAUUCCAGCGACAGUCCAAUGUUCGAAGACAGCGAAAAUCAGAUAUCCUGGAUUCGUCGUCGAGAUUGGCAUAUACUGUCGUCGGGUGCUCAGUUGUACACAAACGAUGAACGCUUUGCUAUUCUGCAUACGCCGGGAUCAAAUAUGUGGACACUGCAGAUAAAGUUUGUGCAGCGACGAGAUCACGGCAUGUACGAGUGUCAGGUUUCAACACCCACUGGCAUUAUUUCGCAUUUUGUUAACCUUCAAGUGGUUGUGCCAGAAGCAUUUAUUUUAGGUUCUGGCGAAUUACAUGUCGACAUGGGAUCAACAAUCAAUUUAGUUUGCAUAAUUGAAAAGAGUCCAACACCUCCGCAGUAUGUGUUUUGGCAAAAGAACGAGAGAUUAAUUAACUACUAUGAUUCCAGGCGGGAUAUUUCAAUAGAAACGACACCGGGUCCGCGUACUCAAAGUCGUUUAAUAAUAAGGGAACCACAAAUAUCUGAUUCCGGGAAUUACACAUGCUCUGCGAGCAACACAGAACCAGCCAGUAUAUAUGUAUUUGUGUCAAAAGGUGAUAAUAUGGCUGCUAUAUCGAGAAGAAAAACAUCAUCUGCCGAUCGUAUCGCUGCCAUUUUUAUGUACGUUGUGGCACCAUGUGUUUUGGUGAAUACACUAGGAAUGCGGCGUAUAUUUCUUACUUAAGACUUUUUCGUGUAGCCAUCUCUAGAUGAAUGCAGUGUUAGUAAAUUAAAUCCUAUUUAAGUGAAAUUUACAAAUGUUAAGAUUUAAUAUUAAAAUCUAGUCAUGUAUGUACAAAACUAACUAAAAUUUAUGUAUAUUUAGCAAAUAUUGUAAUUAGUGUUUAUCUAUUGUUUAAACAGUUAGCAAAACCCUGUCUCACACACA